UAGGGGAAUGGACUGCAACCAAUUGCCUACCUCAGAAAAAAAAUUACAUGGAGCAGAACUCAACUACCCAAUACACGACAAGGAGGCCCUUGCUAUCAUCAUCGUCUUCAAAACAUGGAGAUGCUAUCUCGAAGGACGCAAGACGACAGUCUACACCGACCAUUGCAGCCUAAAAUAUUUGAAGACUCAACCAAGCCUCUCCAGGCGGCAGGUCCGGUGGAUUGACUUCCUCGAGAGACACUUCCACUACGAUAUCAUGUACAAGCCCAGUCACAAAAACAAAGCAGAUGUGCUUAGCCGGCGUGCACACUGGGACAACGACAUCUCGUACCGGAAAGGAUCAAUGAAGAUCUGGGUAUUACUACUCGAAGAAUACCACGACGUCCUGUACGCGGGACACUUCGGUAGGAACAAGACGCUCACCGGUAUCGCAAAGCACUACUACUGGCCCCACUUGACAGAAGAUGUUCAUAAAUUCGUCACCUCAUGUAAUACAUGUCAGCGGAUGAAGAGUAGCACGCAGAAGAAGGCAGGACUGCUACAGCCUCUUCCUAUCCUAGACCAACCAUGGCAAGUGGUUAGCCUGGAUUUCAUCACCGGGUUACCGCCGACCACCAGCGGUCAUGACGCAAUCCUUGUCGUCAUCGACAAGUUCUCCAAAAUGGGACACUUCAUCCCGACACACACGACAGCACACACCGAAGAAACAGCACAACUCUUCGUUCGAUACAUCAUCUCACAGCAUGGCAUUCCAACCACACUUAUCUCCGACCGAGACCCCAAGUUCACCAGCAAGUUCUGGAAGGAACUUAUGUCUCUACUCAGGACCAAACUCGCCAUGUCAUCCGCCUACCAUCCGCAGACAGACGGACAGACCGAGCGCCUCAACCAGAUUGUUGAGCAACUCCUCCGAGCAGCCUGCAAGGACGAGAUCUCCAAAUGGGACUUGCACCUGCCCGUUUUAGAGUUUGCUUACAACAACGCUACACAUGCCGCUACUAGACAGACGCCGUUCUUUCUCUGCUACGGACGCCACCCACUCACACCACAGAAAUCGAUAACAUCAGCAACAUUCCAACCAGCACACGACUUCAUCACAACCAUGCAUCAGCUUUGGGAUCGGACCCACAAGCGCCUCCUGGACAUUCAACAGCAACAGAAGCGCCAGGCCAAUCGCCAUCGCAACGACCACACCAUCACUGUGGGAGACCAGGUGCUUCUCAACACACGCAAUCUUGACGUCAGCCAUCUCCCAUCUAAACUUCGACCUCGCUUCUGCGGGCCUUUCCUCGUUGAAGCACAGGUCACUCCAGUUACCUUCCGCUUACGCCUGCAAGCUACCUGGAAGAUUCACAAUGCCUUCCAUGUCCAACUUCUGAAGCCCUAUCGGGAUCCGAACACGAUCUUCGCUGGACGCCAACCGCUGCCGCCCGUCCUCGUCCAGCAUGAACCCGAGUACGAGGUCGAGUCCGUGCUUGCACACCGCCGUCGUCGGAAUGGCGCCGUGGAGCUUCUCAUUCGUUGGAAGGGUUAUGAUCCUUCUGAGGACAGCUGGGUACCUGAGUCCGAUAUGGGUAACGCCCGUCGUCCUCUGCAGGACUACCUUGUCAAGCAGGUGGAGACACUCGCACGAUUCGAGAAGGACGUGAAGCGGACCGACACCGGGUUCCUGGCGAUAGCAACAGAGGUGGAGAAUGACGGAGAGAAAGCCUCGGAAACUCCAGAAAAAAUCAAGGAAUUAUUGAAGGAGUUCCAAGACAUCCUUCCUGACGAUCUUCCGAACGAGCUACCGCCAUACCGAACGCAUCAACACGAGAUUGUGGAAGAACCGGGUUCGAAGCCGACCUUCCGAGCACCAUAUCGGCUCAGCUCUACGGAGCUGACUGACAUGAAGAAGCAGAUCGAGUAUCUCCUAGCCAAAAGACUCAUCCGACCAUCCACUUCGCCGUACGGUGCCCCAGUACUCUUCACACCAAAACCGGACGGAAGCCUGCGCAUGUGCAUCGACUACCGAGCUCUUAACAAGCAGACCAUCAAGAAUAAAUAUCCGAUACCGCGAAUCGAUGACCUGCUUGACCAGCUUCGGGGAGCUACGGUAUUUUCCAAACUGGAUCUGCGGUCCGGAUACUGGCAGAUACGGAUGGCGGACAACUCUAUCCACAAAACUGCUUUCCGAACUCGGUACGGAUCGUACGAGUAUCUGGUAAUGCCGUUCGGACUCACUAACGCACCGGCAACGUUCCAAGCCGAAAUGAACCACAUUCUACGACCACUUCUGGACGAAUGCGUGGUGGUGUACCUGGACGACAUCCUCAUCUACUCGCGCCACAUGAAGCAGCACGUCGAACACCUGCGACGCGUCUUCGAAAUUCUUCGACGGGAACGAUUCUACGUCAAACUGUCCAAGAGCGAAUUCGCCCUGGAGAAGGUCCAAUUUCUAGGCCACAUGGUGAGCGCUCAAGGAGUUCACGUCGACCCCAAGAAAAUCGAAGCCGUACGUACGUGGAAGACACCCGAGAACGUGAAGGAGUUGCAGCAGUUCCUAGGCUUCGCUAAUUACUACAACAGGUUCGUGCCACAAUAUGCGAAAAUCGCAGCACCACUCACGAAUCUGCUAAAGAAGAACACGCCCUACAAAUGGGAACCAAAGCACCAGGAAGCCGUGGAGCAGCUGAAACAAGCACUAACAUCCGCACCGGUGCUCAUCUUGCCAGAUCCCGAACGUGACUACGUCAUUGAAGCAGACGCCAGUGAUCAGGCCGUGGGAGCAGUCUUGAUGCAAGACCAAGGGAAUGGACUGCAACCCAUUGCCUACCUCAGCAAGAAACUGCACGGGGCAGAACUCAACUACCCGAUACACGACAAAGAGGCUCUUGCUAUCAUCAUCGCCUUCAAAGCGUGGAGAUGCUAUCUCGAAGGACGAAGAACAACCGUCUACACCGACCACUGCAGCCUGAAAUAUUUGAAGACACAACCCAACCUUUCCAGGCGGCAGGUCCGGUGGAUCGACUUCCUCGAGACACACUUCCACUACGACAUCGUGUACAAGCCCGGCCACAAGAACAAAGCAGACGCGCUCAGCCGGCCUGCACACGUUGCCGCGAUUCAGGUCGAAGGGAUGAAUCCACUACUCAAGGGACUCUUCACACACGGGUACGCCAUCGACCCCGAAAUUUCCUUGGCAGAAAAGCGACAUCUGCUACAGUGGGACACGGAUGAAGAGCAGCAAGCAGAAAAAGGCGGACUACUGCAGCCUCUUCCUGUCCCAGAACAACCAUGGCAAGUGGUUAGCCUAGACUUCAUCACCGGGUUACCACCUACCUCCAGCGGUCAUGACGCCAUCCUUGUCGUCAUUGACAAGUUCUCCAAAAUGGGACACUUCAUCCCGACGCACACGACGGCACGCACCGAGGAGACAGCACAACUCUUCGUUCGUCACAUCAUCUCACAGCAUGGCAUCCCAACUACACUCAUCUCCGACCGAGACCCAAGUUCACUAGCAAGUUCUGGAAGGAACUUAUGUCUCUGCUCGGCACCAAACUCGCCAUGUCAUCCGCAUACCAUCCGCAGACAGACGGACAGACCGAGCGCCUCAACCAAAUUGUUGAGCAACUCCUCCGAGCAGCCUGCAAGGACGACAUCUCCAAAUGGGACUUGCACCUACCCGUUCUGGAGUUUGCCUACAACAACGCUACACACGCCGCUACGGGACAGACGCCGUUCUUCCUCUGCUACGGACGCCACCCACUCACACCACAGAAACCGACAACACCAGCAACACUACGGAGCUGACCGACAUGAAAAAACAAUCGAGUAUCUCCUAGCCAAAGGACUCAUCCGACCAUCCACUUCGCCAUACGGUGCCCCAGUACUCUUCACACCGAAACCGGACGGAAAGCCUGCGCAUGUGCAUCGACUACCGAGCUCUCUUAACAAGCAGACCAUCAAGAAUAAAUAUCCGAUACCGCGAAUCGAUGACCUGCUUGACCAGCUUCGGGGAGCUACGGUAUUUUCCAAACUGGAUCUGCGGUCCGGAUACUGGCAGAUACGGAUGGCGGACAACUCUAAUCCACAAAACUGCUUUCCGAACUCGGUACGGAUAUCCAGCACGUCGAACACCUGCGACGCGUCUUCAAAAUUCUUUCGACGAGAACGAUUCUACGUCAAACUGUCCAAGAGCGAAUUCGCCCUUGAAAAGGUCCAGUUCCUAGGACACAGUGUGAGCGCUCAAGGAGUUCACGUCGACCCCAAGAAAAUCGAAGCCGUACGUACGUGGAAGACACCCGAGAACGUGAAGGAGUUGCAGCAGUUCCUAGGCUUCGCUAAUUACUACAACAGGUUCGUGCCACAGUAUGCGAAACUCGCAGCACCACUCACGAAUCUGCUGAAGAAGAACACGCCCUACAAAAUGGGAGCCGAAGCACCAGGAAGCCGUGGAGCAGCUGAAACAAGCACUACGUCCGCACCGGUACUCAUCUUGCCAGAUCCCGAACGCGACUACGUCAUCGAAGCUGACGCCAGUGAUACCGUGCCGUGGGGAGCAGUCUGGAUGCAAGACCCAAGGGAAUGGACGAGAGCCAACGCAAGCUACCUCACAAGUAAAAGAAAGUACGGGGCAGAACUAAACUACCCGAUACACGACAAGAGGGCCUGGCUUAUCAUCAUCGCCUUCAAAGCGUGGAGAUGCUAUCUCGAAGGACGAAGAACAACCGUCUACACUGACCACUGCAGCCUGAAAUACUUGAAGACACAACCCAAACCUUUCCAGGCGGCAGGUCCGGUGGAUCGACUUCCUCGAGACACACUUCCACUACGACAUCGUGUACAAGCCAGGAUCAACGAAAAUCUGGGUACCCAAUUACCCUCCUUUGCGCCAGUUACUACUCGAAGAAUACCACACGACGUCCUCUACGCCGGACACUUUGGUAGCAACAAGACGCUGACCGGUAUCGCAAAGCACUACUACUGGCCCCACUUAGCAGAAGAUGUCCAGAAAUUCGUCACCUCGUGUGAUACAUGUCAGCGGAUGAAGAGCAGCAAGCAGAAGAAGGCAGGACUACUGCAGCCUCUUCCUGUCCCAGAACAACCAUGGCAAGUGGUUAGCCUAGACUUCAUCACCGGGUUACCACCUACCUCCAGCAGUCAUGACGCCAUCCUUGUCGUCAUUGACAAGUUCUCCAAAAUGGGACACUUCAUCCCGACACACACGACAGCACGCACCGAAGAAACAGCACAACUCUUCGUUCGAUACAUCAUCUCACAGCAUGGCAUUCCAACCACACUCAUCUCACCGAGACCCCAAGUUUACCAGCAAGUUCUGGAAGGAACUUAUGUCUCUCCUCGGGACCAAACUCGCCAUGUCAUCCGCUUACCAUCCGCAGACAGACGGACAGACCGAGCGCCUCAACCAAAUUGUUGAGCAACUCCUCCGAGCAGCCUGCAAGGACG